AUGCCUCGAACCUCAAAGGCCUCCGCUCGUGCUCCUCCGGUGCUCCCUCUCAAGAUCUUUGUCCUCGACAACGGUGGCUACAGCAUAAAGGCAGGAUUCGCACCUUCCAAGUCUCUCUCAGACACUGAGGUUCUUUCCAGUUGUCACAACAUCCCGAACGCACUAGUCCGCACUCGCGACAGGAAAACCUACGUUGGCGCGCAGUCAGAGGAAAUAGCACAGUGGAGCGAAGCGCUGUUUCGGCGUCCGGUUGAGAACGGCCAGGUUGUCAGCUGGGAGGCACAGAAAGAGAUAUGGGAUCAGUCAUUCUUUGACGAGCGUAUGGCGACGAAAGAUCUUCUGAUUAAGAACCCAGAGGAGACUACUUUACUUUUUGCGGAGCCCCCCAAUUCAAUGCCGACCUUGCAGAAAAACGCAGACGAGAUCGUCAUGGAAGAAUGGGGGUUUGGCGGGUAUUCCAGGGUAAUUGGUCCAUCCCUUAACGCAUAUAAUAACCUUCAUCCUGUUUUUGAAGACAACCCGAGUCUAGCACUGAACUCCAUUGACCAACUCCCUGUGGAAUGCCUCCUGGUCAUUGACAGUGGCUAUAGCCAUACCACCGUCACGCCGCUGUUCAAUGGCCGGCCGCUGCAUCGCGCUAUUCGACGUCUUGACUUCGGUGGCAAACAUCUUACGAAUCUUCUGAAAGAAGUGAUCUCUGUGCGUCAUUUCGAUCUCCAUCAGGACACCAAGAUAGUCAAUGACAUUAAAGAAGACGUUUGUUGUGUCAGCAACGAUUUCCAGGGAGAUCUCGAGAAGACUUGGAAGGGCAAUAAAGGUCGACAGAAAAUCAAUCCAGCAAAAGACAAGGACGGAGAUCUGGACAUGAACGAUAAACUAGGCGAUCAAGAAGUCCGUAUCGAUUACAUCCUGCCAGACGGUGUUCAUCUUCUGCGAGGUUUCUCCCGGCCACAUGAUACAACGAUUGCUGCGAAAAAGCGUAAACAAGCCGCGCUCUCCAACGUGGCUAUGCACGACUCCGAAAUUUCCAUGACCCUCGGCAAUGAACGCUUCUCGGUUCCCGAGAUUCUAUUCUCACCGUCUGACAUUGGCUCGAAACAACCAGGACUUCCAGAUAUUGUAUUGCAGUCCCUCAGUGUCCUCCCCCCUCUCGUGCAGGCUACGAUGCUGAGCAAUAUGCUUGUAGUUGGCGGAAAUGCCAAGAUACCAGGUCUAGCUCAGCGUCUCGAGGCUGAAUUACGCAGUCGAAUAAAAACAGAAUGGCAAGUUUGUGUGAGGACCAUGGAGGACCCAAUCACGUCGACAUGGCUAGGUGGCGCCAGAUUGGCAAACAAAUUCCCAAGCGUGGUCAGAGAAUAUGGCGUCACCAGAGAGGAAUAUCUCGAGCAUGGAAGCGCUUGGACUGCGCGACGAUUCUUGAAUGGUGGCUCUGGAAAAGGGCCAUGA